AUGGAGACUCGCUUCACCAGGGGCAAGUCUGCGAUUCUAGAGCGUUCGCUCGCCAGAUUCUUCUCUGAAAUGGUGCAGUACUGCCAGAGUCAGGUGUACUCCGCGUCAGGUCUGCAGGCACGCUUGGCAGACUUCGGUCAAGGCAUGGGGGCCAGCCUGCUGGAUGUGCUGGAUGUGACGGUUUUGAGAGAAGAAUGGAAAAGGGAAACCAAAGUGUUGAACAUACUGCUCUUCAUCAAGGUGUCGGUGUGGAGGGCCCUGUUCGGCAAGGAAGCGGACAAGCUGGAGCAGGCCAACGACUACGUCAAGACCUACUAUAUCAUUGAGAAAAAGCCCCUGAUCAACACCUUCACCUCGGUGCCCAAAGAAAACAAUACGCUCAACUGUGCCGCUUUCACCGGGGGCGCGGUGGAGGCCAUUCUCACACACAGAGGCUUCCCCGCCAAGGCUACGGUGCACCGGCACAAGGGCACCACUCUUAUGAUCAAGUUUGAUGAGGCCGUCAUCGCCCGAGACAAGACACUGGAGGGCAGAUAGGAUAGAGAGAGUUCAGAGGUGGUCGGACUGAGAUGUGAAAGGGAUGUACUGUAUACCCUAUUGGCUGUAUAAUGUAUAGUGCUUCCUUUCUUAUUCCCUAUACAUUUUAUUGUCCUGACAAAUGUGGGAGAUCGGAGAAAGUACUCACUUUAACUUCCCUAUCUGUUGGCAAGGUCAACGUACAUACUUGAAUAUUGCUACGUGGGUGGAGACAGUUUUUACAACAACGCAUCAAUUUGUGUACAUAGUUACAGAACUUCCCUACUAUGACUAACCCACUAUAACUAUGACAUGAUGCCUCUUCCACUGCCGUAAAUUAACUC